CUCGUGGAUCACAUUUUUAGUAUACAGUACGAACACAUUUUAUGCAUCGGCAUUAAUUAUUUUAGUGUUUGUAGCACGUUUCUCCGAACGAAUCUCCUGUUUUUUAAUAUUAUAUAUAACAUAAACGGCGGUUCUCUGUUUACAAAAAAUUUUCUUGCUGAUUCUGUCUCGUGGCGAUUUUGUCGGACAAUUUUGACAAUUCUUGGAAUAAUAAUGUGGAACAACGCGCGGAAAUUCGGAAUAACCGCGAUAGCUUGCAUGGUAAUCGCAGUAACAGGUUGCAACGGUCAACUCCUCCCUCAUCCCAGCUGCGAGCUGAAACAGAACGCGAUUUUUCUGCAGUGCGUCUCGUACGAGCUGCAACUUCCCGGUAAUUUCGACAUCUCCCGCAUACCGACCACCGUCAAUUGGAUCGCGUUGGGCGGUCCGAAUACCAUCUAUCCCGCCAGUCCGAAUCGAACCUUCAAUACCAUCAGCGCCAAUCCCCAGCCACUGCCAUCCGGAAGCGGGCCGCUGCAACGGGUGGAACUAAUCGGUUUCCGCGGGAACAGUAGUGGCUGGAGUCCCUUCGAUAUUUUGCUAACCAACGUGAAAGGCAGCUUAAAACAGCUGACGCUCUUCGACUGUCUGAUUACGGAACUUCCCGCUACGUUCCUCCGCGGUUAUCAUGCACUGGAGUCGGUUAAUGUUGGUUACAGCGGUUUGAAAGUCAUUAAUAUCGAGGCUUUCGACACGGCUGGUGUGAAUGUGCUGCAGACGAUCAGUCUCAACCAAAACGAACUGGCAGCCCUUGACUGGGCGGUAUUUGCACCAGCUGCCAAUAAUCUUAAGUCAAUCUACAUCGACCGCCAAAAAGCGCCACUGACGACCUUGACCAACAGUAAAAAAUUUACUCUACACCGCCUAACCACUCUCGAUUUAGGCAGCAAUCAAAUGACCUUUCCUCCUCAAUCCCUGUUUGAUACCAUCAAUCUGACUAACAAAGACAGCUUUCAGCGAUUGAAUUUCGACCGCAACAGCUUCUGUGUGGAUGACGUCAGCGGGCAGUGUGACUGCUGUGCCGCGCGGGAUUUUGUGCAGUGGGCGCAUGUGGUAAAUGCCAGUGGUACACCCCGCCCAUACGGCGGUCCCAUCGUCCUGCAGUUUCACUGUGCACGGAACGGGGACGGGCAGGCCGAGCACUGGUACGUAGGCGGCCAUGAUGGCGGUCGGCUGCCGGCGCUGGACCAGUACGGGCACUGCCCAACCGCGGCGCCGAGUGAUGACCUUUCAUCUAGUACAAGAGAUCCCAACGGUGCAGUACCAAAGCAAAGUUCAGUUUGUGUUCAGAUGAUUUUUUAUUGUUUUGCUUUUCAUUCAUACCGUGGUGCAGUCAUCGUGUUCACUUAUAGCUUCGUGAAAUGGGGAUUACCACUGUUUAAAAUUGUCAAAAUGCUUUUUUUCUUCGUUUACUGAUCGAUUUAAUUUAAGAUUGAUCAGGCAGAUUCAGGUUCUGAUAUAUUUGUGAAAAUAUAAAGCAUCCA